AUGAUUGACUUUUUCUCUUCGUUACCUGUAUUAGUGGUUGAUAUGCGAAAGGACAAAAAGCAAUACAAGUUUAUUCCACCAAUGAAGCCAUCAGUAUCAAUGAACAAACCUCGCUUGGGAUCAUCUGACCAAGCAACCUUAUCUAACAUCGUUGAGAUCAAAAUCAAUGAUUCCAUCUUUACACCAGUCAGUAAAAGCACGAUGAAUUAUUUUAACAAGAACGUUGAUGAGCAAGAGGUAAAUUCGUGCCUCGCUGAAUUACCCAAGUCCAAAGUUUUCUUGAAAUCAGCGCUUGAACAAGAGCUCGAAAAUCUCCCAUCGUGGCUGUGGAGUCAAACAUUGGAUAUCACAAAAGAAGAAGAGAACGAAAAGAAAUUGAUUCAAGCUAUGAAGUUGGUUUUAACUGAUUUUUAUGCUACUUGUUUACGACCUGAACCGACUCCUCCUCUUAAUGAACGCACUCCUUUUUGUGAACAUGUCAUACCUUUGAUCAAGUAUUCAAACGCUGUAUAUCAAGUUUUGCGAGUUCAAUGGUAA